AGGAAACGACGCGGCGACUGGACAGUGCGCUGGGCUGGGAAGCCAGGUGGGCGGCUGUGAGGUCCUCCUCGUGUCCCCGCUGGAGGAGCCGGGGCUGCGGGAGUCGGCUGCUUGGCCCCGGUGGGGAAAGGCGGAGAUGCCUGGAGAAAGGUUGCCUGGAGCCGUCGUCGCCCGUGCUUGCCCCCCGAGAAAGCGCGCGGAAGGCGCUGCGCUGCCGCAGCCGCAGCAGCAGCAGCUGAGCCCUCCGGAGCUCCGCGCGCCUCCGCUGGCUGCCGAGCUCUGCUUCUCCUCUUCCUCCUUCUUCCCGAGGGGCGCGGAGCCUGGACCGGCCCUGGAGUGCGGUGGCGAGAGCGAAGAAGACGAUUACUACGAUAACCAAAGGCUGCCUGGCUGGGGCUGCCCAGGAACGUCCAGAGCGCCCGAAGAAGGAGCGCGGGGAAACAAGGAAGGCAGCGCGGCCGCCGUUCCGGGCGCAGGCGGCGGCAACAGGGCCAGAGCAAGAGAAAGCACCGGCAAACUGCGAAGCCAGCUCCAGGAGGCCUAUUACCUGUUGAUCCAUGCCAUGCAUGACCUGCCUCCGGCCAGUCCCACCAUUGGAGGUCACUUGCCCCAGCCUGCUAGCCAUCCGCCCUCCUCUGAGGCCGCAGGGAGUGAUGUGCUGUGCUGGUCCUUCUCCUGCGGGGACAGAUGCUCCCAGCUGCAAAGAUCCAAUCCCAGUGCCCAGGGCUCAGCCAAGAAUCCCCCCUGGCGCCAGGGCAUCAGCAAGAGUCUGGAGAGCCUGCGCGUUGCCCAGCCUUCCACCUCCAAGCUGCUGUCCCUGCCAAGAUGCAGGAGCGAUGGCGCGCUCCGAUCUCUGCCUCAAGAGCCACCGGAGCCCCGCGGCCACCUGUUGCUCGAAACUCAGGAACUUGGCACCAGGCGGGAAGCCUGCUUCCUUGCAGCUGCCACACGCAGCUCUGGCGACAGCAGCUGUGAGAAGAGCCUCAGCAGCCAAGGCCUUUGUGAGGUGCAUCCCUCAAGGCUCCAGGAAGACUUGGAGGAGCUGCUGGUCCCAGAACUGUGUGCUGCCCAGGGCAAAAUGGUGGAUCCAGCCACAGCAACAGGGUGUGGCCAUGAGGGAAGUCCUCUGCACCCCCCGCAAGAUGUCCUCCAAGGUCCCUUCAAGCCACCCGCUGUGACAGUUCGGAAGCUGCAGAAGUGGAUGUACAAAGGACGUUUGCUCUCGCUGGGCAUGAAAGGCCGGGGUGGGACAGCUGGGAUGUCCUCCCCAUCUUCCCCCACCAAGGUCACUGGGAGCUGCAGGCCGCUUCUUGGCAGAGGAGAGGGGAUCACGCUUUCACCACCUGCCCACUUGAAUGGCCCCGGGGGCAAGGCCCGGGGAUCCCCUUCAGACCAAAGAAUCUUGCUCACAGAUCUGAUCGAAAAUGUUUACAUACCUUCUGAGAGCAGAAGAGAACUUAAGAACUUGAAAUCCAGUGAAGUUUCUGAGUGCAGGCCUCGGAUUGCUAGCAUUACUGUGUCCAAGAAGCGGAAUUGGUUACAACAAAGUUCUCUGAGAGUACCUAAUUUGGAAAAAGGAAACUCUUACAAGAAAAUUUCAGGAGAAAAUUAUCAGGUACUGAAAUCUCCCAAUCCUUUCUUUGAGCCAAAAAUGCCUCAGACUUUUUCCAAAUUUCUAGGGCAAGAAAGCCCUAAAGGAAGAGUCAGUUCUGUACAUGCUGCUGAGUAUGGAACGAGAUCUUUGGCACUACAAAACUGUACUUUAGAUUUUGGUGAAGAUAAUGAUGCAGAUGAUGAAGGAGAAAUAUGGUACAAUCCUAUCCCUGAAGAUGAUGAGCCUGAGUUCCCUUGUUUUUUAAGUGGCAAUACUAAUCAUUUGGACUCCCAAGCCCUGAAUUACAAAAUAGCACCUGGGAAUGAUUUAAUUAAAGUCAUAGGGCAUAAUGAAGGUCUUCCUCAAUUCUUCGACUGUUCUGGAAAUGGUCAGCCUAGGGAAAUGAAUCAAAUAGAUAACGUGCAUUCAAUGGAAUAUUUGCAAACACGCAAGCCAAAGCCUGUAUGCAAUACUCUGACUGGGUCUGCAAUGGAGGAAGGUCCACUUAAAGCUACUACAGGAGGUCCUGGAAUCAUGUCUGCAAACAAGGCUGAGACAGGAAUAGCAGAAUAUUCUCCUCCAAGCCCAAGCCCAUUGAAAAAAGGUAGCUCAAUAAACUGGCCUUUCCCUGAUAAAAUAAAAUCCCCAAGAACCGUCCGGAAACUUUCCAUGAAGAUGAAAAAAUUGCCAGAACUCAGCAGGAAGCUCAGUGUCAAAGGAAAUUCAAGCCAUAAUAGCUCAGACAAUUCUUUGUUGCUUAAAAAUAAUUGCCCAGAGGUAAGCCAUGCACCAUUGGCUUCUUCUGGAAAUGUAACGGCAGCUGCUAGCAGGAAUGUUAUAAGCCGGUAUCAUCUUGAUAGCAGUGUAUCUUCUCAACACAGCUACAAAAAGAAAAACAGUGGGACUUCCAAAUCUUCCAGCAAAGGGGGCUACCUCAGUGAUGGGGACUCACCUGAGCUUAUAACAAAAUCAGGGAAAUAUGCAGCUGAAAGCAGGGCUGGGAAAGGAAAGGAAGUAUUCCCAGGCAAUAUGGGUAAUAAAUCAGAAAUAGACAUUGAUGCUUUUAGACACUACACUUUUGCUGACCAACCCAAAUGUUCCCAGUAUAUAUCUGGACUCAUGAGCAUUCACUUCUAUGGUGCAGAAGAUCUGAAACCACCAAGGAUGGACUCAAAAGAUGUCUUCUGUGCAAUUCAGGUAGAUUCAGUAAAUAAAGCAAGGACCGCCUUGCUGACUUGCAGAACAACUUUUUUGGACAUGGAUCACACUUUCAACAUAGAAAUAGAAAAUGCUCAGCAUUUAAAAUUAGUGGUUUUUAGCUGGGAGCCCAUGCCAAGGAAGAAUCGGGUCUGCUGCCAUGGUACGGUAGUUCUUCCUGCUCUUUUUCGAGUGACGAGGACUCAUCAGUUGGCAGUAAAACUGGAGCCUAGAGGUCUUAUUUAUGUCAAGCUAACCCUUCUGGAACAGUGGGAGAACUCUGUCUGUGGAACAGAUGGAGAACGAGAACCGAUACUCUUUGGAGUUGAUGCUCGGAAAGUUGUUGAGAAGGAAAAUGAAGGUUUGAUGGUGCCUCUCUUGAUGAAGAAGUGCAUUACGGAGAUUGAAAAAAGAGGUUGCCAGGUUGUAGGGCUGUACCGUUUAUGUGGGUCAGCAGCUGUGAAGAAAGAGCUCCGAGAGGCAUUUGAGAAGGAUAGCAAAGCAGUUACUCUCUGUGAAACUCAGUACCCAGAUAUAAAUGUGAUUACAGGUGUCCUCAAAGAUUAUUUAAGGGAGUUGCCUUCUCCAUUGAUAACCAAACAACUUUAUGAAGCAGUGUUGGAUGCCAUGGUGAAAAAACCUUUGAAAAUGACAGCAAAUGGAUGUGAAAAUGAUUCUAAUGAUUCAGAAUAUACAGUGGCUCUUUUGGAUUGCCUGCCAGAAGUUGAGAAAGCAACCCUAAAGAUGCUCUUGGACCAUCUGAAACUGGUGGCUUCAUACCAUGAAGUAAAUAGAAUGACUUGCCAGAAUUUAGCUGUGUGUUUUGGGCCCGUGUUACUUAGUCAGUGGCAGGAAACUACCAGCCAUAACAACAGAGUGUUCACUGAUUCAGAAGAACUUGCCAGUGCCUUGGAUUUCAAAAAACAUAUAGAGGUUUUGCAUUACCUGCUCCAGUUGUGGCCAGUGCAACAUUCAUCUGCCGAAGAGUCAGUGUUGCUGGAGCAGCAGUCCUCCGUGAACUAUCUAAGGCCUAAGAAACAGCGGCCUCAAAUGUUAAAUUUAAACAGCACUGAAGUGUCAGGGAUCUUGCGAUCCAGGCCAGCCAGACUGGAUAGCCCUUCGAGCAACCGCUAUGCUGGAGACUGGACUGCUUGUGGAGAGAACUACUUUGUCAGUCCCAAAGAAACUCUGAAUGAAGCAGACUAUGAUGAUGUCCCUUCAGAGGAGGCAGAAAGUGGAGACGAUGGCAGCAAAGUGGAUGCUUCCAGAACACUGCUCCGGCAGCCCAUUUGUGUGUCCAAAGAACAUACUUUUCAGGCCUAUCUGACAAUGCAAACAAUGGAUUCUGCAGUGAACCAUCAAGUUAACCUCAGAAACUUGCAAGAAAGCAUUGAUACUCUGAUAGGAAACCUGGAACGGGAACUCAAUAAAAACAAACUCAAUAUUAGUUAUUGAUCAUUUUGCUCUGCCACAGUUCCUGUUUGGUAUGUCCCUUCCCUUGUUUACCUCCAAGAGAGAAUAAGGAAAGGGAUGAGUUUUGGAUGGGGGUCUGUAUUGUAAUUGCGCUUAGCAGUGUUGGAGUUCACUGUAUAGGUUAGUGCAUUCAUGUUACAGUCUCUUGCUUUCUCCACCACUUGAAAGCAUGUUACUUUUUACGAAAUGAUUCUACGAUAUUCAAUUCCUUGUCAAGGUACUAUGCACUUAGGAAAUUUGAAUGUGUGAUGCAUUAUCUCUGUCUUUGUUACACUGGAACAGUACAGUUUGUUCCUGAAACCGUAGCCCUGGUACAGAUGUUCUCCCAGAGGAGAGAAGAUUAAUGUUGCUACUUAUGUGAUAAUAUGGGGCACAAACUGUAGGUAGAUCACGUUCUAUUAUAUUGACACCUUUUCACUUGCAAUGCAAAGGCUGCUAUGAAAAAAAAGGCUUUUUGAUAGUUAAGUUGUAUGAAUAUAUAUAUGUAUUCCUAUAUUAACACUUUCAAGCAACUAUUUAAAACUGCAAAAAUAUUUUUCUAACUUUCAUUUUGUACAUAUUUAUAUGUGAAAAACAUUAGGCAUGAUUUGGUCCAUUCUAGUUGCAGCAAGUCUUGUGCAGUAUAACAGAAUUUCUUCUCUCUUCUCCAACCUGGUGCUCUGAAGUUAUGUUAGGCUACAAUUCUGUCAUUUCCCAGACAGCAUAGUGAUGAUGGGUUGUGUGUGUGUGUGUGAGUGAGAGAGGGAGAGAUGGAGAUUACAGUCCAAUGGAUAGGGGUGGAUUAACAUAGGAAAUAUCAUUUCUUCCUAGAGGGCAGAUGCCUGGAGGCAGGCCCUGGCACUGUAUGAGAUGGUUGUAUAAAAUGGAAUGAUUGUUCACCACUCCUAUAUCUUCCCCAUCCUUCCCCCCAUGCCAGUCAAGUAGAGCUGCUGAGGGGGGGGGUUAGUAUUUUUUAUGCCCUAUGGGAGAUGUUGAGAGCACUGUAGAAAAGAAUAUCUGUAGCUCGCGGUUGAGCUGUGGAGUCCUUGGUGCUCUCUGAGCUUGGUUGUUUGC